GGAACAUUGUAUUUUCAUGACGUCGCGGAGUUGAGGGCUGUCUUGAGGGUAAAAUUGCAGGUUUUCUUUCACGAAUGAUUGCCCACACAUACACAGUCAGCUCGUAGGGUUCUGUGAAGAGACAAGUGGUUUUGUAAGGGUUCUUUAGAGAACUGAUAAAUUGUGUUGGGAGCUGUUGUUCAUCAUGGGACGUGUCUUGUCCAGCUGGGUUUAUUUUUUCUGAUUCUUUUGUUGACCAAAUCCGAACCCACACUUGAGCACUCUGCUUAAUGGCUGGGAAAGGAUCUCCUCCGGCGUCUCCAUGUCUCUUCCUCCCAUCUUCACUCUCCACCUCCACGUCUCUUUCCAGUCUCCUUGUUAACAUUCAAAUAAGUUCUCUUUUAUCGAUCGCCUCUUCCGUUAUAUCAUCCACUGCUCUGGUGACUGUGAACACAUAAAUAGCUCUCUUCAACCAGUUGGCAUCUUUGCUUUGCUCAGCCCUCAGCAGCUUCCCGUAUUAUUUACAUGUUUUUUUUUUUUUUUUUUUUUUCAUUUUAUAAGAUAACCCAAAUCUUUAGCUUGCCCUCAAGCCUGGAAACUACUGACCCACGUUUUAGCUCUGCAACUUGUUGCAACACACAAGCCCCUACCAACAACGACUGGUUGACGUUCAAAUCCAUCCACACUACGCCGGUGGUUUGGCAAUCCAAUCUAUCGUAUAUCUUUUAAUUCAAUUUCCAUCGCUGUAUUCGAUCUCGUUUCCUCUUUUUUUUUUUUCUUCUUGGUUGAUUCUUGGUCGUUCAAUACGACCGGGGGGGACGAAGGUCGCAGAUAGUCAUUGGUAACGAGUCAAGGACUUGAAAUCUUUUAAGCUGUUGACGUUGACGCUGAAACUGGGAGCUCAAACCCCAUCUUGAGCUCUUUUUGUACUACAACCUCUCCUGUUGCCCUGAGCUACACGAGGACCACCUCAACAUCAUAGUACAGCAACAUCCUCUCUCGACUCCCCAAGCCAUAUCACAGUAUCACUACAUCCCAAUAUUGUCAUAUAAACAAUUGUCCCAGUGAACAAUCAACUUGCGCCGCUUUCCUUCUUCGGCAAAGCUUCCCGCGACCAACUCUCUCGCUGCUCCUCCUCACCCGCAACCCUCUUCCUUCCCUCAUCCUCCUCCUCCUCCACAUCAUCAACAACAACAACAACACUUUUCUCUCUUUCUCUGUCAAUAGCUCUCAUCUUCAAACCUAGCAAGAUGUCAACCUUUGACCCCAUGACAGUCAACCAAGCCGACUUGACAUUCAACCAUCCACCACCACCCAAGUAUGCACCUCCUGCCUCUACUGACUUGCCCAACCUUGUCUCCCCAAUGAUCCAACCUCCGACUCCACUUGGACCCUCCACUCCACUGUCUCACUCAACAACACCAUCCUCGGCCAACCAUCAACUUCACCCCCAACAACAACAACAACAACAAUCCCACCUACUCCAACAACAACAACUACAACAAUACCAACAACAUCAACACCAACAACACGAACUACUCAAACAACAACAACAACAACUCAAACAACAACAACAACAACUCAAACAACAACAACACGAACUACUCUUACAACAACAACAACAACCAACCAACCCUCACUUUCCCGCCUCUUCACCCAUACCUGUUUCCACUCCCCUAGAAUCCAAUCCCAGUAGUUCUCAAGCUUCCGAUCCAACCAAAACUCCUCGCAAGACCAGCUCGCGUUAUGCACUGGCCGACUUUGAUCUCAUUCGCACCCUCGGCACUGGCUCAUUCGGUCGAGUGCAUCUCUCCAAAUCUCGUCACAACGGUAGAGGUUACGCGAUCAAGGUUUUGAAUAAAAAACGCGUCGUCGGUCUCAAGCAAGUCGAACAUACAAACUCGGAGCGACAGAUGUUGGCUGCUGUUCGACACCCUUUCCUCGUCAAUCUCUGGGGGACAUUCGCUGAUUCUUACAAUCUUUACAUGGUCAUGGACUUCGUUUCUGGUGGUGAAUUAUUCAACCUGUUACGUAAGAGUCAGAGAUUUCCCGAUCCGGUGGCCAAAUUCUUUGGAGCCGAAGUAGCCCUGGCACUAGACUACUUGCACUGUUUGGAUAUCGUUUAUCGAGACUUGAAACCAGAGAAUAUUUUACUUGGAUCGGACGGACAUAUCAAGAUCACCGAUUUUGGAUUCGCCAAACUUGUACCGGAUAUCACCUGGACCCUUUGUGGGACACCCGAUUAUCUUGCCCCUGAAAUAGUCCAGUCUAAGGGGUACAAUAAGAGUGUGGAUUGGUAUGCACUUGGGGUUCUGAUCUUCGAAAUGCUCGCUGGUUACCCGCCGUUUUAUUGUGAAGAGGAGAGUCCGAUGAGGUUGUACGAAAAGAUCAUUGCCGGCAAAGUUCGGUAUCCCUCAUACUUCAAUCCAUCUGCCAAGGACCUCUUGAAGUCGCUCCUGACCGCCGAUCUAUCGAAGAGGUUCGGAAACUUGGCCAAUGGAUCUCGCGACAUCUUUCAUCAUGGCUGGUUUGCCGAAGUGGAUUGGGAACGUCUCUAUCGUAAACAGAUCCCAGCACCUUACGUUCCUCGGGUUAGCUCGGAAUGGGACGCUUCGAAUUUCGAUCAUUACGAUGAGGCAUCACUUGAGGAGUACGGCAAAGUCGGAGAGGAUCCUUAUGGUCAUCUCUUCCCCGGCUUUUAGAUGUUCUUUUUCAACUCCUGAUCUCGAUCGUUCAUUAUCAAGCAACUCCUUUUACGCCUUCACUUAAUCUUGAUUGAAUUUUGUUUGAUUUUUUCAUCAACGCAAAUUUAAUUCUUCUUCCUUUGUUUAGUACUCAAGACUGUGUACAUAAAACAAGUGUCGGUUCGGGAUGUUCUUUUUCUAUUCUCGUGGAUCGAUUACCUUUUUUGCCCCUCCCCCCCCCCCCCCCUCAUUCCCUUCU